AUGAUUGGGGCUCUAGAAAUAUUUAAGUACGGAACAUGGUUUGAUUAUUUCCUGAUGAUCUUUGGAUCGUUCUGCGCAGUCUGCCAUGGAGCUGCGUUGCCCAGUAUGAUGAUCGUGUUCGGUGAUACAACAGAUACUUUUGUCAACUCAGGAAUCUAUUACAAUUGGCUUCUUAAUAUAUCAUCCUAUCUGGCAACUGCUGGAAUCACCAUUGGUCAAGCUGUAGCCAAUCCCUCUAUUCUCAGCUCACACAAAACAGUCCUUGCGGCUGCUCCAUAUAAUGUGACAGAUUUCAGUUCCCUGGACAAAGCUAUUUCAGAGGAUCUGCUGGACACUAUGACCCUAUUUGUUUAUUAUUACAUAGGCAUUGGGGGAGGCGUCCUUAUUUUUGGAUAUGGUCAGGUAGCCUGUUGGGUGACAGCUGCUGAGAGACAGACACACAGGAUUAGGAUCGCCUUCUUUAGGAACAUCAUGAGACAGGAGAUUAGCUGGUUUGAUACACAUGACUCUGGGGAGCUGAAUACCAGACUGUCUGGUGAUAUCAGUAAAAUUCAGACCGGUAUUGGGGACAAGAUGGGGAUCUUUUUCCAGUGGUUUUCCACCUUCCUUACCGGGGUGGUUAUCGGUUUUGUGUAUGGCUGGAAGCUUACUCUGGCCAUGCUGGCCUUCAGUCCCCUAAUUGUGAUAGCAGCUCUCAUCGAGGACAAGCUGAUCACAGCAGCGUCUUCCAAGAGUCUAAAUGCGUAUGCCAAAGCAGGAGCCGUGGCUGACGAGGUUCUAGGUGCUAUCAGAACAGUGAUCGCCUUUGGGGGACAAGACAAAGAAUGUGAUAGAUACAACAAACACCUGAGUGAUGCCAAGAAGAAAGGAAUCAGGAAGGGUCUGACUAUCGGGUUCUCUAUGGGUCUUAUCUACUUCAUCAUCUUUUCUGUUUAUGGCUUUGGUUUCUGGUAUGGAGCCAAAUUGGUGAGGGAGGACAGCGAUUAUACCCCAGGGAAUGUCGUCAUUGUAUUCUUCAGUAUAAUGAUAUCAGCCUUUGCUCUGGGGUAUGCCACGCCCCCACUGGGGAAAUUCUCUGAGGCCAGAGGAGCAGCUUAUACUGUGUAUCAGCUAAUCGAGCAGGUUCCAGAUAUUGAUUCUUCCAGUGACGAGGGCUUAAAGCCAGGCGGAGUCACAGGGAACGUGAAGUUACGGAACGUCAAAUUCCGAUAUCCGGCAAGACCGGAAGUGCAGGUAUUGAAAGGUGUUUCACUAGAGAUCAACAGAGGGGAAACUGUAGCCCUAGUAGGAUCAAGUGGUUGUGGCAAAAGUACCAUCAUACAACUCAUUCAGAGGUUUUAUGAUCCAGAGGAAGGGGAGGUCUGUUUGGAUAAUAAUAAUUUGAAGACUUUGAAUUUGAAAUGGUUUAGAAGACAAAUUGGAAUUGUGAGUCAGGAGCCAGUAUUGUUCGCCACAACAAUUGCGGAGAACAUUCGUUAUGGGAAAAAAGGUGUUACUGAUGAGGAGAUACAGGCUGUCUGCAAAAUGGCAAAUGCUCAUGAAUUCAUCAUGAAGUUUCCCGAUAAAUAUGAUACUUUGGUUGGAGAGCGUGGGGCACAGAUGAGUGGGGGACAAAAACAUAGGAUCGCUAUUGCCCGGGCUUUAGUCAGGGACCCCAAAAUUCUACUGCUGGACGAGGCUACUUCAGCCUUGGACUCUGAAAGUGAAUCUGUGGUACAAGAGGCUCUAGACAAGGCUCGAGCUGGUAGGACCACAAUUGUUGUUGCUCAUCGUUUGUCCACAAUAAAAACUGCUGACAGGAUUGCAGGAUUCCAGCAGGGGGAUCUCGUAGAGAAAGGAAAUCACAAUCAGCUGAUGCAGAAAGGAGGCGUGUAUGCCACACUUGUCAACAUACAGAUUCACUUUCUAAAGGAGAAUCUUAAAAAAAUUAAAGUUUGCUCGGCACCCUACAUUACCAUCCUCUUUGUCUUAGAGGAAGAAUUUAUUGCUGAGUUUGCAGGUAAGAAAGACAAGAAACCUGAGAAAGCGGACCACAAAUUGCAACGCAAACACACAGUACACCAUUCACAUGUACCUGUGGAGAACGAAACCAAAAAAACUAAGGAAAAGGACAAGAAAAAGGAAAAAGAGGAAGAGGCAGGUAUUGGUCGUGUCCUAAAGAUGAACGCCCCGGAGUGGCCAUUCAUACUACUGGGAAGCCUGGGAGCCAUCGUCAAUGGAGGCGCGCAACCAGCAUUUGCCAUCAUCUUCUCAGAAAUUAUUGGAACCUUUGCUAUCUCUAGCAACAGUGAACAAGUAGAUAAAGUGUUGAUGUGGACAUUGCUGUUGGUCGGGGUGGGGGCUGCCAGCUUUCUCACAUACCUUCUUCAGGGAUUCAGCUUCAGUGUGUCUGGAGAGAAUCUUACUAUGAGACUGAGACAAUCGUGUUUCCGUGCAUUACUGAGACAGGAUAUAGAGUACUUUGAUGAUCAGAAAAAUUCCACCGGAGCCCUGACCACCAGGCUAGCCACAGAGGCUGCGGAAGUCCAGGGGGCAUCAGGGGCACAGCUGGGAAUUAUGUUACAGAACUUUGCCAACAUAGGAACUGGUGUCAUUAUUGGUUUUGUGUAUGGCUGGCAGUUAACUCUAGUCAUCCUAGCAUUUAUCCCAAUCAUUGGAAUAGCUGGUGUUCUUCAGAUGAAACUUCUUGAGGGAGUCUCAGGUAAAAAUAAGGAGGCUUUGGAAGAGUCUGGCAAAACAGCUACAGAGGCCAUAGAAAACAUCCGUACGGUAGCCAGUCUGUGUCAGGAGGAUUUGAUGGUAGAGAGGUACAAAUCACAGCUGGACACUCCCUUUAGAUCCACCCUCAAAAAGUACCACCUAACAGGGAUCGCCUUCGCGGCCUCCACUGCUGUCAUAUUCUUCGCCGAUGCCACUGCCUUCUAUUUUGGUGCUUACAUGAUUGAGAAAAAUGAAAUGACAUUCACCGAUGUGUUCAAAGUAUUCAGUGCUAUUGUGUUUGGUGCAAUGGCCAUAGGUGAGACGAGUGCUUUUGCACCUGAUGUUGGAAAGGCCAAGAAAUCUGCUGCAUUAAUCUUCAAGCUACUAGACAGAGAGCCAAAGAUUGAUCCGUACUCUGAGGAAGGCAUCAAAGAUGAGAGUUUCACUAGUGCAGUUUCAUUCAGAAAUAUUCAUUUCCGCUACCCAACUCGCCCGGAUGUGGAGGUCCUGCGAGGUUUGAAUUUAGAGGUGACCCCUGGGGAGACUUUGGCAUUGGUGGGUGCCUCCGGGUGUGGCAAGAGUACCACAAUGCAGCUGAUAGAGAGAUUUUAUGAUCCUGAGACUGGUGAUGUGUUACUGGAUAGGAAUAAUUUGAAAGAUCUUAACGUCCAGUGGCUGCGUCGUCAGAUCGGAAUCGUGUCCCAGGAACCAGUAUUGUUUAACUGCAGUAUCGCAGAAAACAUCGCAUACGGGGAUAACAUCAGAGAGGUCCCAAUGGCAGAGAUCAUUGAGGCUGCUCGAAAUGCAAAUAUUCACGAGUUUAUCAAGUCUCUGCCCAAUGGCUAUGAAACACUUUGUGGUGACAAGGGUACACAACUCUCGGGUGGACAGAAGCAGCGAGUGGCUAUUGCCCGUGGGCUGGUCAGAAACCCCAAGAUUCUUCUGUUGGAUGAAGCCACUUCUGCCCUAGAUACAGAAAGUGAAAAGAUCGUCCAAGAAGCUCUUGACAAGGCACGAGCGGGGAGAACGUGUAUCGUCAUAGCUCACCGACUUUCCACGAUCCAGAACGCCGACAAAAUCUGUGUCAUCAAAUAUGGCGAAGUGGCUGAGCAGGGUCGUCAUGGAGAGUUAAUGUCCAUACAGGGCAUUUAUGCUCGCCUGGUCAAUACGGCAAACAAAAGAGGAAAGAAUUAAAGUUACAUAAUGAGUCAAAAUCAUGUGUUUCAUUUAAGAUAAUUGUAUCAUAAAACAAAAGAUUUAUGUGAAAUAUGAAAAAACGAAGUUUUUACUACUCAACUGCACUAUAAAGCAAGAAAAGAACUGCAAAACGUAAGUGCCGGAAAAGCAAAGGUUGUAUCUAUCGCUUAGUUGUUAUCGUCAAUGUCAACAAUGUCAAGGUCACGCGACGUUUAUUCUUUGCAAUGAAACUUGUAUAAACAGCAUUGAAUUGGAGCAAGAAAAAUUGAGGAAUAAGUUCUGAUCAUCAUUAUUGAGGAUUGCAUCAAAAUCCUCGGCCACCCAACAUUUAUAUCUAUGGAAUUGACACCAUCGUAAAUUCUUGAACUUUUCUGCGCAUGCGUACAAUAAAGAGGAAGAAGUGAAACAAUAUUUUUGUG